GGUUAGGGACACGAAGCGUGCAAAACAUUAACGAGCAGUUUUGGAGGAAGACGAGUAGUAUCUAUCGAGUUUGUAGAAGGAUCUCUUUUGGUUUAGCGAAGCACAAUGGUAUCGUUCAUCCUUCUGAUGCUGUUGGUGCAAAUGUUCACCGUAAAGGUGGCAUCAGGAGAGGACCAGAAACCAGGCAACCAAAUCUUGACAUCAUCAACCGAUGUAAACAACCCAAUCCUGACAUCAUCGACUGAUGUAAGCAACACAAUCUUGACAUCAUCAGCCGAUGUAAACAACCCAAUCUUGUCAUCAUUGACUGAUGUAAGUAACCCUGUCCUGACAUCAUCGACUGAUGUAACUGGCCUAAUUCAGACUUCAUCAACUGAUGUAAACAACUUGAAUCUGACUUCAGCUGACUCAAACAAACCAAUCCUGACUUCAUCAGCCAACCUAACAGAUCUAUUUCUGACAUCGUCAACUGAUGUAAGCGAUCCAAUCCUGACUUCAUCAACUGACAUAAACGACCCAAUCCAAACUCCAUCAACUAACGUAAACGACACAAUCCUGACAUCAUCAACCGACAUAAUUGACCUAAUCCAGACUUCAUCAACAGACGUAAACAACCCAAUCUUGACAUCUUCAACUGACAUAAAAGACUCAAUCCUGACAUUGCCAACCGACGUAAACAGCCCAAUCUGGACAUCAUCAACUGACGCAAACGACCUAAUCCUGACUUCGUCAAUAGACGUUGAUAAUCCAAUCUUGACAUCAUCAACAGACAUAAAAGACACAAUCCUGACAUCGUCAACUGACGUAAAUGACCCAUUCCUAACAUCACCAACCGAUGUAAUCGACAUAAUCCAGGCUCCAUCAACUGACGUAACCGCCCUAACCGGGAUUUUCAUAACCGACGUAUAUGUCCCAUUCACGCAUCCGUCCACCGACGUAACCGACCCAAUCCCGGACUUGGUAAUCGCCACUAUGCCUCCUGGGAGUGAAGAGGAAACGGUCACGAAUUACGGAGGCACCUUGCGCACGAGCACCUUACCAAAACUACCUUAUCAGAGAGCACCUUUCCAAAAAGCACCUUACCAGAGGCCACAAUAGCUGCGAUAGCCAGAGGCGAAGACGAGAAGGACCACAAAGAAUUCUGGACAGAAAGCAAGAAGUGGAAGAAUCAAUUGGAAAGCGAAGGCUUGAUCGUAGACGAUUACUACGUCCUCGACAACUUGGUGAUGCCCCUGAACUAUUACGAGCUUCUUUUCAAGGGGAAGAAACCGGAGAAGAUGAAAGCCGACUCGUACCUGUGGCCGGAGGACCUCUACACCGGGAAGCCUCUCUUGCCUUACGAGAUAUCCGUGAGUGAUCAAACAACGAUUGACUUAGUGAGGGAAGCGAUUGAAGAAUGGAAUUCGGCAACGUGCAUAGACUUCGUAGAGAUGACUGAGGGAAAUUACAAAAGGUUUGCGCACCAAGAAAACUUAGUCAUCCGGAAUGAUACUGUCUGCUUAUUUGGCUUCGGAAGACAAGAGGGAAUCAGACAGAUCCUUCUUCUUGGGCCGCCUUGCCUGAAUAAGGAAGAAAUAGUCCGGGGCAUAGGCGUCAACCUUGGGCUACUAUACCAGGUUCUGCGAAGGGACAGAGACGAGUAUAUAACAAUUCACUACGACAAUUUCCAAUGGCCGAAACAACCCACCGAUCAGUGGCACCACCACAGCACCCCCUACGAUUUUUCUUCCGUAAUGCAGCAUCACGGUAUGUGGGAGACAGAAAAUAGCCUGCUGACACUGACCACAAAUGACAUCCGAUAUCAAGGGAUCUUGGGAAGGUCGCGUGGAAAGUUAUCACACCGGGAUAAGAAGACGGUGAACGAACUCUACGGUUGUAUUCGAUCUUGGCGAGUCUUCUGUGGCUUCAGAUCAAAUCCUUGUUUUAACGAAGGUUACGUUGGGUCAGAUUGCAACUGCGUCUGUCGCACUGGGACGGAAGGUGCCUAUUGCGAGCACGUCCUAGACGACGAUUAUUACGGUCAUUUGUUAUCACCGUGCAGUCAACACAUAGACAAGAAUUCGACGAUAGAGUCGCCCUUGUAUAUUGUCAAAAUUGUUAUGCCAGAUACUUGGUGCGUGUGGACGAUCAAAGCUCCCAAGGGCCAACUGAUCGCGCUCGAUUUCACAUUUUUUCAACUGAACACGACCGAAGACUGCCAGGAUUCCUUUCUGGAGAUCAGGGAGAAAAACAUGUCGAACGGGACUGUAUUUUGCGGAAACUCCCUAGCAGACGAGAUAUACGUCAGCGAUGAGAAUGAACUGUCUGUCUACCUAGACGUAAGGAACAACAUUUCUCAAGGCUUCCAUGCCGACGUAGUCCUCUUUGAUCCCGAAAUUCUGAAGCUGGGGAGUUCCCCGGGUUCAAGGUUACAGUUACCACCGGUCUUAUUCAUACUACUCUGCAUUUCUAUCACUCUUUUGCCUUAGAGGUCGCCUGGUUCCAUUAUUGAUGUUAUGGAUUCCGAUUGGCGAUGUUUCAUCGUAUUCUGUUGCCUUGGGGAUUCCUUGAUUACAGAACCUGUCUCAAGGAUUCCUUGAUUACAGUAUCUGUCCCAGGGAUUCCUUGAUUACAGAUUCUAUCCCAGGGAUUCCUUGAUUACAGUAUCUGUCCCAGGGAUUCCUUGAUUACAGAUUCUAUCCCAGGGAUUCCUUGAUUACAGUAUCUGUCCCAGGGAUUCCUUGAUUACAGUAUCUGUCCCAGGGAUUCCUUAUUUACAGUAUCUGUCCCAGGGAUUCCUUGAUUACAGUAUCUGUCCCAGGGAUUCCUUAUUUACAGUAUCUGUCCUAGGAAUUCCUUGAUUACAGUAUCUGUCCCAGGGAUUCGUUGAUUACAGUAUCUGUCCCAGUGAUUAUUAUGUUUCAGUAUUUGAGUCUUGAAUCUGAAUUGGCCAUGUUCCUUUGUAUCCCGUUGCCAAUAGGAUUCACCCAUUGUUGUUUUUGUUUUAAAUUUCGAUUGGCAGUGCUCCUGUUUCAGAAUGCUCUUCUAUAUAGCAAGAUAUUUUACUGUCAUCGAAAAUGCUGUUAUCAAAGGAUGUAUGCUGCGGUGUGCGACUCGCAUUCCAUAUGUUUCAUCUUCAUCUUAGUUAAGAUAGGAGUGUGCUUGUAUUCAAUAUUGUUUCGUGGUAGUAUGCGAUUUCAUACAGAAUGUCGCCACACUAUGAUUUUAGCCUUUUUCAUUAUGAAUCAUUUUUAGGUUUCUGCCUGUUUAAGUAUUUUUGACACAAUACUUACAAUCAAAGCAAAUGCAAUACAUUGGGCAAACCGUGAACAAGUCUAUUUACAAAAACUAUAAAUACAAAAAUUGCCUGAUUGUUUACUUAAUGUAUCUACAUAAAAAGUGAAUUGCAGUGAAAUUACAGACGUUAAUGAAAUAAUUUGUAUUUCUUGAUGUAACCUACCCACAAAUAAUCAAUACAUAGUGAGAGACGUUAGGCAUUUUGCAAAGAUACUGUUGCUGUUGACAUCAUGAAUAUUAUGACAAAAGUCAUUGUAUAAAACUAUCGGAAAUCUCUUAGCUGUGAAAAAAGGAACAGUAAACGAA